GGAUUUUUGGGGGACCCCACCCCCCAGCCAUGGCCCCCCCCCGGCAGGAGAAGCGCGGCUCCAUCGUCCCCUGCGUACUCCUGGUGGAGGUGGGGAUUUUGGGGGGCACGGCCGCCCUGGCCUACCAGCUGGAGUUCACCGACGCCUUUCCCGUGCACGCCGGGGGUUUCUUCUGCCGGGACCCCGACUUCGGGCGCCCCGACCCCGGCCCCCCCGGCGCCAGCCGCGCCCCCCCCGGGCUCGUCUACGCGCUCGUCAGCGCCGUGCCCGCGCUCACCAUGGCCGCGGGGGAGCUCCUGGGCCGCCUGGGGGGGUCCCGCGGGGGUCGCGCCCCCCCCCAGCGCUGGGCGCGGAGCUGCGAGCGGCAGGGGGCGCCCCUGAGGCGGCUGCUGCGGUUCCUGGGCGUGUUCUCCUUCGGCCUCCUGGCCACGGCCAUUUUCGCCAACGCGGGCCAGGUGGUCCUGGGGACCCCCGCCCCCCAUUUCCUGGCCGUGUGCCGCCCCAAUUACAGCGCGCUGGGCUGCGCGCCCCCCGCGCCCCCGCCCCGCUUCGUGCCCCCGGGGGGCUCCCCCUGCUCCGGGGACCCCCCGGCCGUGGCCGCCGCUCGCCGCGACUUCCCCUGCAAGGAGGCGGCGCUCGGAGCCUACGCGGGGGCGUUCGCCGGGCUAUACGUGACCCUGGCGUGGCGGGGCUCUGUGUACGUGACCCUGGCGUGGCGCGGCGGCGGCUCCCGCCUGGCCAAGCCCGCGGCCGUUUUGGGGUUCGCGGCCCCCCCGUUCCUGCUGGGGGCGCUGCGCGUGGCCGAGCACCGCAACAGCUGGGGGGGGGUCCUGGGGGGCUUCCUGUGCGGCACCGCCAUCGCCGCCUUCCUGGUCACGUGCGUGGUCGGAAACUUCCAGAACCAGGGCGGGGAUUUGGGGUGGGGGGCGGGGACCCCCCGAGCCCCCCGAGCUGCCCCCCCAAAACCCCCAACCCCCCCUGGAGGAGAUCAGCGUCACCCAGGUGCGUCGGGCGGAGUUCCCAGCGGUGACCUGAGGGACCCCAAAAAUCGGGAACCCCAAAAAUCGGGAACCCCAAAAAUCGGGAACCCGGAAUUUGGGGGAGCCUGGGAAAAAACUGGGAUCGCGGAAUUUGGGGGAAUUUUGAAAUUUGGAGUGUUGAAAUUUGGGAUUGCAAAAUUUGGGGAAUUUUGA